UCCCUGCAGCGUGGAGACUAGAACCGGCACUUUCGAAGGACGCCACCUCCAAUCGCAGUGCUGGCGCGGGCGGAGGCUAAAACACGGGGGUCCUGAGACUGAGGAAAACGCGCCAAGUUCCCCUCGGUGGUGGAGUGGGAAAGACCCUAGCGGUUCAGGCGCUUGGCGAGCGGGACUACUUCUGGCGCGCCUCGCCAUCCCGGGGCGGGGGAGGGCGGGGGCGGGCGCCGCUCCGGGGAUGUAGUUGGUGCCGGCGCAGGGCAGGACCGAGCGGCAGCCCGGGUUCCCGCUCUUGAGAGCGAAUGGUCACUCCCCUGCGGGGAGGGCAAUCCGGGCAGCUUUCCCUUGGGUCGGGGCCCCCGCGGGCUCGGGGCAGGGGCUCACCUGUCGCACCCACAUACAUCCCGGCUGGACUCGGGGCGUCACCGCCGCGGACCGUGCUUUGGGCCAUGACCAGAUAUGAUUGGUGAUUACAACAUCCUUGUAUAAGUUAAUUCUUGUCAACUCCUUGGGAUUUGAAGAGAAAAUGCCUGGUGUCAUACCUAGUGAAAGUCAUGGGCUUUCAAAAGGUAGCCCAUCCAAAAAAAAUAGACUUUCCUUGAAGUUUUUUCAGAAAAAGGAAACUAAGAGAGCCUUGGAUUUCACAGAUUCUCAAGAAAAUGAAGAAAAGGCUUCUGAAUAUAGAGGAUCUGAAAUUGAUCAAGUUGUUCCUGCAGCACAGUCCUCACCUAUAAACUGUGAGAAGAAAGAAAACUUGUUACCAUUUGUGGGACUGAAUAAUCUCGGCAAUACUUGUUAUCUUAACAGUAUACUUCAGGUAUUAUAUUUUUGUCCUGGUUUUAAAUCUGGAGUGAAGCACUUAUUUAACAUUAUUUCAAGGAAGAAAGAAGCCCUGAAAGAUGAAGCCAAUCAAAAAGAUAAGGGAAAUUGUAAAGAAGAUUCUUUGGCAAGUUAUGAACUCAUAUGCAGUUUACAGUCCUUGAUCAUUUCAGUUGAACAGCUUCAGGCUAGCUUUCUCUUAAAUCCAGAGAAAUACACUGAUGAACUUGCUACUCAGCCAAGGCGACUGCUUAACACACUCAGGGAACUCAACCCUAUGUAUGAAGGAUAUCUACAGCAUGAUGCACAGGAAGUAUUACAGUGUAUUUUGGGAAACAUUCAAGAAACAUGCCAACUCCUAAAAAAAGAAGAAGUAAAAAAUGUGGUAGAAUUAUCUACUAAGGUAGAAGAAAAAUCUCAUCAGAAGGAGGAAAUGAGUGGUAUUAACACCACAGAGAUGGACAGUAUGAGGCAUUCUGAAGACUAUAAAGAAAAACUCACAAAAGGAAAUGGGAAAAGAAAAAAUGACAUUGAAUUUGGUAACAUAAAGAAAAAAAUUAAAGCCUCUAAGGAACACCAGUCACUGGAAGAGAACCAGAGACAAACCAGAUCAAAAAGGAAAGCUACAGGUGAUACAUUAGAGAUUCCUUCUAAAAUAAUCCCCAAGUAUGUUUCUGAAAAUGAAAGUUCAAGACCCUCACAAAAGAAAUCAAGAGUUAAAAUAAAUUGGUUAAAGCCUGCAACUAAGCAACCCAGCAUUCUUUCUAAAUUCUGUAGUCUGGGGAAAAUAACAACAAACCAGGGAUCCAAAGGACAGUCGAAAGAAAAUGAAUAUGAUCUUGAAGAGGACUUGGGGAAGUGUGAAAAUGAAAGCACAACUAAUGGUUGUGAACUUGAAUCUCCAGGGAAUAAUGUUAAGUCCGUUAAUGUUAAUGAAGUUAAGCCCAUAAACAAAGGUGCAGAGCAAAUUGGUUUUGAGCUAGUAGAGAAAUUAUUUCAAGGUCAGCUGGUAUUAAGGACUCGUUGCUUAGAAUGUGAAAGUUUAACAGAAAGAAGAGAAGAUUUUCAGGACAUCAGUGUGCCAGUACAAGAAGAUGAGCUUUCCAAAGUAGAGGAGAGUUCUGAAAUUUCUCCAGAGCCAAAAACAGAAAUGAAGACCCUGAGAUGGGCAAUUUCACAGUUUGCUUCAGUGGAGAGGAUUGUAGGAGAAGAUAAAUAUUUCUGUGAAAAUUGCCAUCAUUAUACUGAAGCCGAACGAAGUCUUUUGUUUGACAAAAUGCCUGAAGUUAUAACUAUUCAUUUGAAGUGCUUUGCUGCUAGUGGCUUGGAGUUUGAUUGCUAUGGUGGUGGACUUUCCAAGAUCAACACUCCUUUACUGACACCUCUUAAACUGUCACUAGAAGAAUGGAGCACAAAGCCAACCAACGACAGCUAUGGGUUAUUUGCAGUUGUGAUGCACAGUGGCAUUACCAUCAGUAGUGGGCAUUACACUGCUUCUGUUAAAGUCACUGACCUUAACAGUUUAGAACUAGAUAAGGGAAAUUUUGUGAUUGACCAAAUGUGUGAAAUAGGUAAACCAGAACCAUUGAAUGAGGAGGAAGCAAGGGAUGUGGUUGAAAAUUAUGAUGAAAUGUCAAUUAGAGUCAGUGGAAAUACACAGCCAAGCAAAGUUCUGAACAAAAAAAAUGUAGAAGCUAUUGGACUUCUUGGAGGACAAAAGAGCAAAGCAGAUUAUGAGCUAUACAACAAAGCAUCUAAUCCUGAUAAAGUUGCCAAUACAGCAUUUGCUGAAAACAGAAAUUCUGAGACUAACAGUACUAAUGGGACUCAUGAAGUUGAUACAAACAAGGAAUCCAGUGACCAAACAGGCCUUAACUUUAGUGGAUUUGAGAACAAAAUUUCAUAUGUAGUGCAAAGUUUAAAGGAGUAUGAGGGAAAGUGGUUACUUUUUGAUGAUUCUGAAGUGAAAGUUACUGAAGAGAAGGACUUUCUGAAUUCUCUUUCUCCUUCUACAUCUCCUACAUCUACUCCUUACUUGCUAUUUUAUAAGAAAUUAUAGAGUAUUUUCCUUAUGUAUAUAUUAAACAGACCUGGACAAAAGCUGGUAAAGUUGAUUACAUCAAAGAGUCUAGCUUAUCUUUUGAAGCUAUUGGAUAUUACUGGUCUCUCUAAAGUUUUUAUAUAAAUAGUGAAAUUUGAAUUACUGAAAACCAUGUUAAUUUUUAGAAUUCAUUUCCCAUAGUAGAGACUAGUGAUGCAUUAGCUUCUGGGAACAAACUUGUAUAGGUUCUUAAUUGAAUUAUCCAAAUGGAAGCAUUUAAACACUUUUGAGUUCACAUCUAUCUUUUGUGUUUGCUUUUUAAAAUAAAGUGCUUGUAUUUGUAUCUCCAUAUUUUGGAGUAAUUAUCUAUAUGAUGUUUAUAGGUCCUGUGGGUUUCCAGCUAAGAAGAAGAAUCUCAUUUCAGUACCUUUAGUUUUUUAAGUCAUGAAGCCAGAUCUUUAAUGGGCUGUAUUUAGAGGCACAAAGUCUGGAAUAUGUGUGUAUUCACAGUAGUGUACAUUUUGUGCCUUGAAUCACUUUGAAAAGUGUCUCAGAAAACCUGGACAGCCAAUCCCCCUUCUAUCUUGAGAAGAAUUUUAUAUGUAUUUAUGAAAAUGAUUCUGUAUUCUAGUAAAUCUUUUUGGGCAUGGACUAAUUUGUAUCUCUUCAUAGUCAUAUUCUGCACGAUCUGUAUAUAGUAUAUCAAAUUUAGAGGUGUGUGACCUUAAAUUUAACUUUUUUUAAAAACUCGAGGUCAAUAAAAUUUAAACUGCUUAACAACUACAUGUACAACUGCUCAUAUUUGUUUUGCAUAUUUUUUGCUAUAUUAUAGUGGAGUUCUCUUGAGAAUAUGUAUAAUAUAUAGGUGUAUAUAUACACACAUACCUAGAAGAGAAUAAACAUGCAUAAUUACCUUUAAUAAUAGUUGGAGGUGAAGAGAUUUUUCAAAUAGAAACUUAGUCCAUCCAAGUUGUCAUACUUAAAAGAGGUUUACAGUAAAAAUUGUUGCAUUCUUGGUUGCCCUUUAAAGUAGACAUACUUUAUGGAAUCCGUAAGAUGAGGCUUUGGGCACACACAAAAAUGUGGUUAAAUUUUCAUUUUAAAUGUAUAUUAAAUUGGCAAAUGAUCAGUUACCUUAUGGUUUGCCAAGACAUUAAAAACCAUUCUAAAAAAUACACAAAUACUAUUAGAAUAACACUUUGAUACCCCCAUUUCAAGUACCAAUAAAUUAGUUACAGUUAAAUCAUGUCUCAACAUUCUUCCACAAGAUGGUGUGUUACAAAAAGUCAUGGUUCUCCCCUCACUCUACAUUCAGAAUCACUAAUGGAACUUUUUGAAAGAAACAGCCCUGAACACUACUCAUAAGCUUCUGAUAGAGUAGUUCUAGGACAGAGCCUGGGCCUCUCACACUCCAGAGACAGUUAAUGUUAAGAACUACUGGUACGAGUUCUUGAUAUGAGAACGUUGUAUUUUAAGAAAACUGAAGUAUAUGGAAGGUUGGGAUGUGUUCAGUAUCAUAUCAGUGUUCUCGGAGGAAGUCUCUUCUUCAAUCAGAAAAUAGUGUUGCAUGACAGUUAAAUCAUAGGAAUUUUAGGGUUCUUGAUAACUGUCACUGAGAUUCAUGUGAAACACUUUAAACUCUUCCAUAAUAUAACUUAAUGAGAAAUGACCUACAGGUUAUUUAAUAUUCUUUCCCUUAUGUAUACCUCCCCCGUCCCUUGCCCUAAAGAUGAGAGUAUUUGUUACCUUAGUUUUAACGAAUUUCCAUUCUUGACUCCUGGGCUUUACUUAUUGUGCAUAUGGAUCCUCUGUCCUCAAAUGUAUUUCUGAGGUUAUGCCUUUCUGACUCCUUUAGUUCACAACCCUUUUGGUCCAACACUGUUGACUCAUCUGAAAAAUCUUUUUGUGAUUCAGGCUUUGAAUUGGUGUAGACAAGAUGAAUGUGACAUAAUAUUGCCAGUUAUAAAGGUAAACUGGAGAAAAGAUGUCAACCAUCUCCUAUGCUCUCAGGAGAAGUAGACAUUUUUUGAGCUCUUGUUUCAACAUCAACUAAAGAAUAAAGGCACUGUAUUUGAUCAGUUUUUAAGUGAUUCGUGUCAAUGGUCUAUGGAUCAAAGGGAUAGAUUUAAAAUGUCUUUCUGUAAGAUAUAUAACGACACAAAGAAAAACACGUUGUUCAAAACACUCCUCAGAAAAUCAUUAAUCGGUAGUUUCUUGGAUAAACCUGGCAAGUAAUUGAAAAUAAAUAUUCU